CUUUCGCAGGCGGAACUGUCAGAUUUACUUUGACUUCCGCCCUGCUCCGCUUGUCCUUGUCUGUCCGUCCGGGGGGAAUGAUGCUUGCAGGAGUAAGGGCAGCCCAGCGGGCUCUGCUCCGGGGAGCCUCCACCAUCCGUGCGCUGCCACAAGUGCGAUGUGAGGGCUCCACUACAGAGACGAGACCAACGGUUCGUCCUGCAGACACAGUGUUGACCAAUCAGCUCACUGCAUUCGGAGAGUAUGUUGCAGAAAUUUUUCCCAAGUAUGUGCAGCAGGUUCAGGUCACGUGCUAUGAAGAACUGGAGAUUAUGAUUCAUCCUGAUGGAGUCAUCCCGGUCCUGAUCUUCCUCCGAGAUCACACCAACGCUCAGUUUAAGUCGUUGGCUGACCUGACCGCCGUAGAUAUCCCUACAAGGCAGAACCGCUUCGAGAUUAUCUACAACUUACUGUCCUUGCAGUAUAACUCCAGGAUCCGUGUGAAGACCUACGCAGAUGAACUCACUCCCAUAGACUCAAUUGUCUCUGUCCAUAAAGCUGCAAAUUGGUAUGAGAGGGAGGUUUGGGACAUGUAUGGCGUCUUUUUUGCCAAUCAUCCUGAUCUGAGACGAAUCCUUACAGAUUACGGUUUUGAGGGGCACCCAUUCCGUAAGGACUUCCCUCUGUCCGGAUAUGUGGAGGUUCGUUACGAUGAUGAGGUGAAGCGUGUGGUGGCAGAACCAGUGCAGCUGUCGCAGGAGUUCCGAAAAUUUGACUUGAGCAGCCCAUGGGAGGCCUUCCCGGCCUAUCGGGAGGUGCCGGAGAGCCCAAAGCUGGAGGCAGGAGAAACGAAAGAAAAAAAAUAAAAGCAGCGCUUGCCCGUGGAUGUCUGCAGUCCUGUGUGACACCUAGAAAACCUAUUUAUGUACAUACAUAGAAUAAACUCCUGAAGUCUUGGAGAGUAA